AUGGCGCUGGCUAGUGGACACUGGGUGGAGAAGGAGAGCAGAGGAGACGCCCCGAGUCCCAGACAUGGCCAUGCCUUGGCUGUAGCAGGCAAUGUAGCCUUUCUGUUUGGAGGAGCCAGAAGCCAUCAGGAGGACACAGAAUACCUCAAUGAUUUCUACAUGCUUACAGUAUCCCCAGACCAUGUGACCUGGGAGAUGAUCCCCCACUCCGGAGACAUCCCUGCUCCAAGAGGCGGACACGCCUUUUGCGUGGUGAAGGGCAGCCUGUACCUGUUUGGGGGAACAUCUGACCCCAGUGCCACAGCCUGCCUGCCCGGGGUGCACUGCUUCGACAUCGUGUCGCUCACAUGGGAGGAGCUAGCGACGGGGGGCGUGGCACUCAGAACACUGGGACACAGCUCUGUUGCCGUGGGUGACAGCAUCUACGUGUACGGAGGGACCGUGGAGGGGGUGGCCUCGGACGACCUCAUGGUUUUCAACACAGUGUCUUGUGCGUGGACACCAGUGAAGACCAGUGGGAGCCAGCCUUCUGCACGGUUCGGUCCGAGCUGUGCUGUGGUGGGUGAGCAGAUCUUUAUGUUCGGAGGUCGUGGGGAGGAGGGGGAGUUCGACAGAGACCUCCACGUUCUUCACACAGAGAAGCUGGUGUGGGAGCGAUUUCAGUUGAAAGGAGAAUCACCAGCCCCCUGCACAGAGCAGACCCUGACAGCACACCACGACAAGGACCUCUAUCUAUUUGGCGGCCUGACAACGGAGGGAGAUGUACACGUCUCAGUAAAUGAAAUAUAUAAGCUGAGUAUAAGUAAACUGAAGUGGAAGGUCCCGCUCUAUGUGGGAAUCCCCCCGGCCCGUCGCCAUGGACACACAGCCUUCGUCCUCCACAGCCACCUGUACAUAUUCGGAGGAAAGAACGAGGAGGAGGAGUUCAAUGAUCUGAAGGUGAUGAAGCUCAUCAACCCCUCAGAGCGACAGCCAGUCAUGAAGGAGAUUCUGUCUGAGUUUGGUCUGCAAGGAGUCAACCACAGCUUCACUCCGACUAAGGUACCAAACAUCAACUACCAACUCAGACACCCGCCUCCAUCGCCCCCGGCAACCAGGGGCCACCCAGCAACACAGGUGAGGGUGUAUCGUGACUUUGGAGCAGUGAGGGACCAGGCCAUGGAUAUGAUCCACAAGGCCUUCUCUCUGCUGGACCAGGAGUUCCAGAAGCUGGACAGGGGGAAGUUAGAGUUGGCCCAGGCUGCUACUGCCCUGCAGACUGAGAGAGAAGAGCUGCGAACACAGAGACAGCAACAAGAACAGGAGCUGGAGGACAUGUUAGACAGACAUCGUAGUCAGAAUGAGUCGUGGCUGAAGGCCAGAGCGUUGGAGAACGACCGAGAGAAGAAGGAACUCUACAUACUGAGGGAGGAGGUGUUGCAGGAGCAGGAGCAGCUGAAGGAGGAGCAGGGCAACAUCCAGAAACGCAGCCAGCACCUCCUCUCCAUCAUGCAACAGUUUAGAUAG